AUGUCUGAGGAUAUCAAGCUUUCUCACUUGAAUGCGAGAGGAGAAAAAGCACACAAUAACGUACUCACUGUUGAUGAUGACAUACCUCCGCUGCAUUUAAAUUUGAACCCUGCUUCCAAAACCUUGAAAAGAAAAUUGGUCUUGUACUUAAUAAUUGAGGCUUUGAUCUCCACAGUCAUAUACAUGAAAUAUGAUGUUCUACUGGAAUUUCAUAGUCUAUUAGCUCCUGCGUUACUAGGAUCAUCUACUGCAGCGUUUGCUCAAUCAAUUAAUCAGUAUUCGAAGAGCAAAUUUAGCGCUAGUAAGAUCUACAAAUUUUUACUAUGGGGUGUAAUAAAUGGUGUCCUUACAGUUUUAUGGAUCGACAUGUUGAACUUUCAAUUUGAAACUGUGCUAUAUCGUAUCAUCAUAGAUCAAUUAAUCGGGGCUCCCACCUUCCAAAUCGUUUACAAUAUAUUAAGUGCUAUAUGGGAAAAUGGUGAUAUAUCCAGUAUUAUGCUGCCUGUGCACAUGAGGUCAUUGAAAUACAGUUACUGUUUCUGGCCAUUUUUUUCAACUAUAGCAUUUAUAUUUUUACCGACAGAGGCGUUCUACCCAGCGAAUUGUGUUGCCAAUUUGAUUUGGAAUUUAAUAUUGAGCAAGUUAUCGUCAUAA